CUCCCCCCUCCCCCCUCCGCCUAUCCAGUUUCCUCCCCUCCCGACUUCUGCGGCCGUUGAGGAGCGCCAGGGGUGCCAGUCGCCCGCCUCGCCCGUCCUGUCGCCGCGAUGGGCUGCACGUUGAGCGCCGAGGAUAAAGCGGCGGCCGAGCGAAGUCGGAUGAUCGACCGCAACCUUCGCGAGGACGGGGAAAAGGCGGCCAAGGAGGUGAAGUUGCUGCUGCUCGGUGCUGGAGAAUCUGGUAAAAGUACCAUAGUGAAGCAGAUGAAAAUCAUUCAUGAGGAUGGCUACUCAGAGGAAGAAUGCAAGCAGUAUAAAGUAGUUGUCUACAGCAAUACAAUUCAAUCCAUCAUUGCAAUAAUAAGAGCAAUGGGAAGACUAAAGAUUGACUUUGGAGAAGUUGCCAGAGCUGAUGAUGCCCGUCAGUUGUUUGUACUAGCUGGAAGUGCAGAGGAAGGAGUUAUGACUCCUGAGUUAGCAGGAGUGAUAAAACGCCUAUGGAGAGACCCUGGAGUUCACGCAUGUUUCAGCAGAUCAAGAGAAUACCAGCUUAAUGAUUCUGCAUCCUACUACCUAAAUGAUUUGGACAGAAUAUCGCAGCAGAGCUACAUUCCAACCCAACAAGAUGUUCUACGAACCAGAGUGAAAACAACAGGCAUUGUAGAAACACAUUUCACCUUCAAGGACUUGUACUUCAAGAUGUUUGACGUUGGUGGUCAGCGUUCAGAACGUAAGAAAUGGAUCCAUUGCUUUGAAGGAGUCACAGCAAUUAUAUUCUGCGUAGCUCUCAGCGAUUAUGACCUUGUCCUUGCUGAGGAUGAAGAAAUGAAUCGAAUGCAUGAGAGCAUGAAACUCUUCGACAGCAUUUGUAACAACAAAUGGUUCACUGAUACAUCGAUCAUUCUUUUCCUGAACAAGAAAGAUUUGUUUGAGGAAAAGAUACGGAGGAGUCCACUAACAAUUUGCUAUCCGGAGUAUCCAGGUUCUAAUACUUAUGAAGAAGCCGCUGCAUACAUUCAGUGCCAGUUUGAAGAUCUGAACCGAAGAAAAGACACCAAGGAAAUUUAUACUCAUUUCACCUGUGCCACCGACACCAAGAAUGUGCAGUUUGUGUUUGAUGCUGUUACAGAUGUUAUAAUUAAAAACAAUCUGAAGGAAUGUGGACUUUACUAAAAGGAAAGAAACAGAGAAAGAUUUCGGGAUGUGGACUGUUUCUUUGCUGCCUUGUGAGACAGCUGCAAGCAUGAACAGGACUGGAAAAUGAAAACAGCAUGCAAAACCUUUGCAUUCUUUAGCACAAUCUUCUAUAUUAGGGAUAUUUUACUGAUAUGGAUGCUGAAGUUAGAUUCCAAAAAUGGAACUAUUGUUAAGUGUGAUUUUUUUUAUCAUCCAGGCAUCACUUGGAUUGCAUAAUUUGAAAUAUGUACAGCUGUUAUGAAGUUUUCAUCCCAGAACUUCAAUAUGUAGCUUUCUUUAAUAAGUCAUCAUUGCUCUAUUUUUAAAGUUUUUCCAUCAAACUAUAUAUUGAUUAAAUUUUAUUUUCUUCGCAAUGAAUCUUACAUUUUAAACGCAAACAAAAAAAAACACUUAACUAUGCACAUAAUGUGACCAGAUCAUGCAGAAAGUAUUCCUCUUAGCAGGAACCUUUUUGUUUUUAAAACUUGGUAUGGUCAGAACUUGCUAGUAUUGCAACUACUUUAAAAGGGCCUUAGAAUUCUUAUGGUUAAAGCUGUGGCUUUCUUCUAAUAUAUACUAUGUCAACAUUCUGCUACAUAUACUGCAAGGCUUUCCCCUUCCUUAAAGAUAAGAGUUCCUGUAGCAGGUUUAACAAAUUAUGUGUGGCUUAUAGGUUGGGAGGGUUUAGCCUGGUUAAUGCUGAGUACCAAUUUGCUGAAUAUGCAGCUGGUAUAGCAAGUAAAAAUCAGAUUCUUAUAUAGAAAUUUCUGAAGUGAGUACCAGUUAGCAAAGUGAUUUAUAAAAUUCCAAGCUGGAGAUGUGGAGAGGAGAGUAUACGCUGCUACAGGGCUAUUGUAUCAACCACUUAAUUGUUGUGUAUGUGUUUGGUUUUAAAGCAGUGGGGAGUUUUGUAGACAGUGGAAUUUGUUCUGCAUUUACCAGGGCCUUUUAUCCUUAAGAGAUUUUGGAAAUGUACCAACAGCAUGUAAAUGUGGUGCCAAGUUCCUGUUUGCCAUUGUUUUUCUUGUAAUGAAAAUUAAGCAGGGUAAGGGCAUUUCUAUGCUUAACCAUUACACUAAGACUCUUUCCCAAUUUUCAUGUACAGUUUCAACCUGAUGAUGUAGUUAUUGGCAAUAUUAAAAUGGUGAGUUAAAAAACUUUAAAAGUUCCUAACUUUAUUGGUGCCAUUUCUACAAAUCUUUGUUAGUUUCUUACUUGCAUUUCUGACUUUUGCAAAUAAAAAUGUUAGUUAGUCUGAUUAA